UUUCUCUGCGCCCGACCAUAGACAGCGUGUUGUGACAAAGUUUUGACCGAGCUAAAAAUGACGAGUCUCGCGUUUAAUUAGAAAUAAAAUAAAAAUAAAGUGAUUUUUCAAAUAUGACUGUGUGGCGAAAACUCGACGACGAUGACCGCUACGCUGUCGCCUUAUACAACUUUAACUCCUCGUCACCCCUCCACCUGCCCCUGGAGGUGGGGGAGCUCGUGCACCUGGAGCGGGAGACGAACGAGUGGUACUGGGGCAGCAGUCUGAGGAGGGAUGCGAAGGGAGCCUUCCCUAAAACUUACGUCGUUAUACGAAGCUGUAAUGUUGACAGAUGUGGAGAAACGGUGGUCGCGUCCGCCGGCGGCGGCGGCGUGGUCCACGACAUAGCCGUCACUCUACGCGAAUGGCUGCAGCAUUGGAAACUUUUGUAUACGACUAAUGACGAUCGCUUCAAGUUUAUGGAGGUGAGUAUGAGGGCGCUACUAGAGCUACGGGCCCAGGCCGCGUCCGGGGCGCUACCACAAGACCAACUGAGAAGGGUCGCCAGGACUGCCGUCUUUACAAUCGAUAAAGGAAAUAGAACACUAGGUAUGGAAUUAGCUGUUAGAACGAUGAGCGGUCAACUGGUCGAUCCUUUGACAACAUCAACAUUCAAACUAAACGCUUUACACGACGAAGCCAAUUCCAGGAUAGAUAAGAAUAUGGAAACUACCCCCUCGAGUCGUCCCACAAGUCAGAUACCCACCGCGAGGACGUACACUAUUGUUGUUAAUAUAAAGAAUUUCGUUUGUCGUAUGAACGAUAUCGCAGAACUAUCCCUAGCGUUGCACGAUGCAGGCGGUAAUAAAAUAACUGAAAAUGUUUUAUUGAAAUGGCCACCCGGACACUUGGGAGCCGCAGAGUUGUUUACAGCGCCAUCUGUUGUUUUUACGGACCUCGGUAGCGAUAUAAAGAAAGAAAAAGUAUUUCUAGUCUGUCACGUUGUUCGUAUCGGUUCAAUGGAGGCACAAAGUGUAGAAAAUAGGCGUAGUACAAUAGUAGCGUUGACUGGUCACAGCGCUGUUAACAUAAGACGGCCAUUUGGUCUCGCGUGUGCGGAUAUAACUCAGCAUUUGGCCGCUGAUAAUUCGGAUAAGGAGAUUUUAUUGCCUUUUUAUCCGUGUGAAAAAGACAAUAUGGAUACGUUAUUGAAGAAAGUGAUAGCGAAUCGAGAACUCAAGGACAAACACUCGCAAGGGCUAUGGGUGUUCUUGCAAAUGGUUGAGGGCGAUUUAAAACAGAUCCGUCAAGAGAAUCCUCACAUGGUCGUCGGCAAUACGGCGUUCGCUCGAAAAAUGGGAUUCCCAGAAGUGAUACUACCCGAUGACGCCAGAAAUGACUUAUAUGUGACGCUAGUUUCGGGAAUCUUUUCUAGAGGAUCGGGAAAGAGUUCUGAGAGAAAUGUGGAGCUGUCGGCGCGGGUUGUGGACCGCGCGGGGAACGUAGUGCCGGGUGUGAUCUCAGUAGGCGCUGGAGUGCCGUUAGUAAACGAAUACACAUCGAUUGUGUACUAUCACGAAGAUCGGCCGAGAUGGAAUGAAGUAUUUAAGGUGUGUCUAAAUAUAGAUGAAUUCAAAGAAGCCCAUAUAGUAUUCCUAUGUCGACAUCGCAGUUCCAACGAAGCGAAAGAUCGCGCUGAGAAAUAUUUUGCUAUGUCUUACUUAAGGCUCAUGCAGAAAGAUGGCACUACUAUUCCCGACACGCAGCACAAUUUAGCCGUUUAUAAAAUCGACCACAAGAAGAGCGGCGGCGGGCCGGGCGCGGAGGCCGAGGCGGCGCGCGCGUGCCUGCAGCUGCCGUCGCGCCGCGACUCGCUGCCGGCCGGCGCCGAGCGCGGCCUGGCGCGGGCGGCGCUGGCGCUGCAGCCGCGCGACUCGCUCGCCGUCGCCACCAAGCUCUGCUCCACCAAGCUCACGCAGCGCGAGGAAAUUCUCGGCGUACUAAAGUGGAGCACCCACCACGCUGACGGUACGCUGCGUGCGGCUCUCACGCGACUGCUCCGUGUGCCAAACGACGAACUGGUCAAGUUCCUGCAGGAUAUAUUAGAUGCCCUAUUUAGUAUAUUGACUCAGGUAGAAGAAAAUACGGAAGAAUACACAGAACAAAGUUACGAGGUUCUGGUACUGGACUGCUUGCUGCAGGUCAUUUCGCUUGUUGCUGACCACAAGUACCAGCAUUUCCAGCCAGUGUUACAUGUAUACAUCGAACGAAGUUUCUGCGAUGCGCUCGCUUAUAAGAAGCUGAUAUCGAUAAUGGUGUGGGCGAUCCGUUCGGCGGAACAGGGCGAGGUGGCGGCCAAGCGGCUGCUGCAGUGCAUGAAGUGUUUCGAGAGCCUGGCGCGCCUGCUGCUGCGCUCCUGGCAGCUGCGGGCCGCGCUGGGCUCGCGGGCCACCGGCGAGCCCGGGGCCGCGCCCGCGCACUGCCCGGACCUGAAGAGCCUGCUGGAGGCGCUGGUGUGGCUGAUGCGCUGCGGCGACGCGGCGCUCACGUGCCAGGGCUCGGCGCUCAAGUACCUGCCGCACGCCGCGCCGCACCUGGCGCGCGCCAUGUCCGACACGCAGCUCAGCGAGUACACAGUGUUGGCGUUAGAAGCGCUCCCACUGGGUCGCCUGUCCAACCAGCGGCUACACGCGCUAUUAGAACUGGUGCGAGGCCCCCUGGGCGUGUCUCCUGGCCCCAGGAGGCUACUACUGCCCCAUCUCGCUGCUACUGUGGCGGCACUACUAGUGGCGCCAUGCGAGGUGGAGCUAUGUGUCGAGACUUUAGGCGAAGUCGCGUCGUUGCUAGCGCGGGAUGACGUUGGUCCUGUGGAAGCGGAUAGGGGGGAACUCGCCAAGGCGUUACUGCCCACGGUACUGAGAAUCGCUGCGACCAUGAUGAAGGAUAGGAAUAGGGAAGAGGGAAUACCGUCUGAUGAUCCGUUAUUGCGAAAAUUAAUCUGCGUCCUCUUAGACAUGGUACGACAGAUGUCUGAAGAGCAAUACACGGUUGUGAUGAAGUCAUUAGAGGCGGAAUCUUCUAAAAAAGCGAAUACAUUAGUGACAGACGCGUUGGCGUUUAUGAUGGCGCUGUUGCAGAGACCGGUGUUUAGGCCGCAUUGGGCUGAUAUGUUACACUUGCAACACUAUGUCAUGUUACACGCUCUUAGAUUGUUAGCCACAACUCUCCGUGAACAGCUAUCAUCUAUCGAGGAUUCCGAUCUGGAAAUGUCUCCCAUCCACGCAACUCUUCAAGACUGGUUCAGUACUUUGGGAGCAGUGGCAUCAUCGCCUCCAAUACAAUUGGAGACAUUGCCAGCCUCAAGGCGACAAAGAGCGACGAUGUUGUACAGUGAUAUUAGACGAAAAGCCGCCUCUCUGUUAGCCGAUAUGUGGUUUAGUUUGGAGGAUCACAAACGUUAUUUCAUACCUCACCUCGUGGGCACUUUCUUGGAAGUGAGCUUUUUAAGAGACGAAGAGGUUCGGAAUACAAUCAUACCGUUGUUCUUCGACAUGAUGCAGACCGAGUACAAGAUAACAUUUUCAGACCCAUCUGGUGUCGGCAACAUGAGAACAUUCGAGAACGCGCUGAUCGACAAGCUGGACGUGCUGGCGGAGGCGGGGCGCGGCGACGCGGCGUGGCGCGCGCGCUUCGUGUCGCUGUGCGGCGCGCUCGCCGCCGCCGCGCGCCUGCCGGGCGGCGCCGCGCUCGUGGCCGCCGCGGCGCGCCAGCUGGACGCGCUGCUGCAGUACCGCGCGGCCGCCGUGCCGCACCGCCUCUACCUGGUCUCGGGCGUGCUACGUUUCUACGAGCAGAUCGAACGUCCGCACAUGUACAUACGAUACGUGCAUCGCCUAGCCGCUCUACACGCGGCCGCGGGACACUUGACAGAAGCCGGUCUAACGUUGAAACUACACGCGAAGUUAUUAGAAUGGAGCGAUACACCGCUACCUCCGCGCUUGAGACACCCCAGUUCGCCGGAUCACGCGACUCAUUUUGAACUUAAGAUGGCGCUGUACGAGGAGGUGGCGCGGCUGCUGGACGGCGGGCGGCAGUGGGAGCUGGCCGUGGAGCUGGUGCAGGAGCUGGUGCGCGUGCAGGGCGCGCGCGGCGCGGGCUACGGCGCGCUGGCGGCGCUGCACGAGCAGCUGGCGCGCCUCUACCGCGCGCCGCUGCGCUCGCCGCGCCCGCGCCUCGCCUACUUCCGCGUGCGCUACCUGGGCCGCGGCUUCCCGCCGCACCUGCGCCACCCCAAGGGUUUCGUAUACCGCGGCAACGACUGCGACAUGCUCCAUAACUUCAAAGAACGCAUGCUGGACGAGUGGCCCGAGGCUGAGGUUCUGUUGAAGCUGGAUGAGCCUGGAGAAGAUAUUACAGAGUCAGAUGGACAAUAUUUACAAAUAAACGCGGUUACACCGAUCAUAGACGAUAAAUGGAAGAAUAUGUUCGGUAAAACAGUUGACGACGAGAUUAUACGCUAUUAUGAAUAUAAUAACGUGAAGAAAUUUGUAUUUUCGAGACCAUUCCAUCGACAAGAAGAUUCAGUAACGGAUUCCACGGAUGACCUGACCGGAACCAACGAAUUUGCGACGCGCUGGCUGGAAAGGACCGAACUGGAGACCAGCGAUACACUUCCCGGCAUCCUUCGCUGGUUCCCAGUAGUUUCGACGCGGACAUACUGGGUGUGUCCGCUGGAAGUUGCUGUAGAGACCAUGGAACAGACAAAUAAGGAGUUGAAAGCCAUUAUCCAGGAGACCAGGGCGCCUGGUGCGCCACUACACCCUCUCACUAUGAGGCUACAGGGUAUCCUGGACUCAGCAGUUCAGGGCGGUCUAGUGCACUACGAGCGCGCCUUUCUCACAGCUGCGUAUGAGAAUCGUCGUCCACAACACGCCGAAUUGUUACAGAAGUUGAGGGACCUUAUUGUUGACCAAGUUCCUCUGCUUAAGUAUGGUCUCGAGGUGCACGCGUCGCGGGAGCCGCUGCGCGAGCUGCACGAGCACCUGGGCGCGUGCUUCCGCCGCGUGCAGCACCACGUGCAGCAGCGGUACGGCCGCAAGGCGGGUGAAUUUGAUACAGAUAGCAUAUCAACAGAAGUGACAUUACGCACAAAUCUGCGUGACAGCACGGAAAUCGAACCUAGAAAUCCAUCGAACCGUAUAUCGGAUAUAUCCACGGGAAAUGAAAACAGUAGCAGCGGUACUUUAACGCCUCGGCACAAGAAGAGGAAUAGAAAGAGCGAAGUAAGCCAAUCGAGUGGCAGUCAAUGGUAUACAUCAACAAGCGCGAAUGGUACCAUUCAUAGCGCCAUCAACAAUGCUAUCAACAACGCCUUCAACAGCGCGCUAAACAACAGUCUCAACAAUCAAAACAACAAUACGUCAACUGAGACGUCAUCGCCGCUUAGAGAAUUAAGACAGGAGCUGGUGUGUUCGAGGCCACAACGCAUCCAACGCGCCAGUCUAACGCCCUCCGAGCCGGCCUCCAACAGGGACUCAAUGGGAACGACAGAUUCUAACCAAGACGACGAGGAACCCCCGCCAUUACCCCAGAAACAAUCACACCGAAGCGUAGACCUAGACGCCGAGAAUAAUAACCAGGAACCUAGCCCAGUUAGGUAUAAUUACGACCUAGUCGUGUCGCCUAGAAACUCCUACCUCUACCAGUCUAGACGGAGGAAUACCUGUGAGAAACUGCCCCCUAGUAACGAGAAGGCGCCCACUCCACCACCUAAGAAGAGGAAUCAGAAUGCGUAG